AUGGGGGAUUAUGCAAAUAGCAAAAAAUUCUUCGAUUGGACACAAGGAGAUACAAAGUCAUACUUUCGACACGAGCACCGUCAAUUUUUAGAAAGACUUGAAGAACAUGCGACUCGUAUUGGUUACUCUUAUGCAAUAUUAUCCAAGAGAUUCGAUUGCUUUUGGCUUAAAGGUUAUUUACUACUUUUAAGAUUCAUUAAUAUUUCAUGA